AUGCGAUACGCCUUUGUUCCUCUGGCGCUCGGCCUUGGUGCCAACGCCCUCGUCGCUCGCUCAGAUACCCAAUGCUACACACUCAAAGCAUCUGGCGGCGCUCAAGGUAUCCUCGGUCAGCUCGGCGACGGCCAGAACCGCAUUGGUGACAACCUGCCCACCGGUUGCUACUGCCUAUGCGAUGGCGGCUUUACCGAUUCCAAUGGAAGAGGCUGCAUCCUGACACCUCCCACAACGCAAUUCCAGUGCGACGUCGGUGCCUCACCCACAUACGGCUUCGCAGUAGGAUCCGACGGCAGCGUAACUUACAACGGCUCCGGUACCUUCUACGCCUGCCCCGUCAACGACAACGGUGUCUACAACGUCUACUCACAGCCCGUCGCCGGCCAGUCAAAAUGCGUCAAGAUCUCCCUCGCAGCAGCCGGCUCUUGCGGCGCCAGCACCACCCCUCCUCCAUCCAAACCCUCACCUUCCCCUUCCCCUUCCCCUACACCGCAACCCUCCUACCCCUACACCCCUCCCAACGCCUGCCCCUUGGAUCUCAAGGGCGCAUACCAAUACCCCCACCUCAUCGUCCCCAUCAACGCCGACCACCCCGAUCAAGCCUACGGCACCCAAUACAACGCCACCAUCGACUCACGCACCUGCACAAUCUUCAACUUCGACAUCCCACCUUCCUACGCCGGCAAAACAUGCUCCGCCAUCUUCCUCUUCCCCAAAAAAUCCGACCUCCAAACUUCAGACUACACCAUCUCCGGCUCGGGCCACGUCACCGUGUCCCCGCUCGCUGGCCCAGCGAGCCAGGGCACUACGUGGAAUAAUCAGCCAAAGAAGGAUGGCGACAGCACCUCGUUCGAUCUCUCCCCGGGGAGUGCGUGGUACGUUGAGACGGACGAAUGUGAGGCGGGAGCCACGAUUGCGUACGAGAUGUGUGCUGAGGGCAAUUUCGCCCUCGAGUAUUUUCAGGAUUAUAACCCUAGUCCUAUUGGGUUGUAUGUGCGUCAGUGUUAG